AUGGCGUCUGUUGGCUAUGGCUACACAAGAGCGCAGGUUUUAAAUCUUGGAACCGACUAUGCCACCCACUUAAACAAACGGCCACACGAUUGCAACUCUCUUUCUCUACAGUGGUUUUAUGGGUUCAUGGGAAGAUGGCCAGAAUUAAAGUUGAGACGACCCAAAUCCUUGUCAGAGCUUCGAGUCUACGCUACUUCAGAGGAAAGCAUAACGAAAUACUUUGAUGAACUGGAGACAAUUCUUGAAAAGUAUGACCUCAAAUCAUCUCCUGAAAACAUAUAUAACGUGGAUGAGAAGGGAAUUAGUAUGACUCACGCACCUCCGUAUGUUGUAGGAUCCACAGACGAGGUUCCAAUUGAAAUAUCGCCAGAAAGAUCAUCCACAGUCACUAUGAUAGGGUGUGGCAAUGCACUGGGUCAACAAAUCCCACCAUAUUUAAUUUUUCCUGGGGCUCGAAUGCGCCAAGAAUUAUUAGAAGGAGCCACCAUUGGUACGAAUGGCACUGUUAGUAAGUCAGGAUGGUCCAAUUCAGACAUAUUUCAAACAUGGCUUGUAGAUCAUUUUGCGAAGUACGCAAAAGUUGGUGGAGAUAAGAAAACAUUAUUGUUGUAUGAUGGUCACAGAUCCCAUAUUUCACCUUAUUUGGUUGACUUUGCAGUGCGGAAUGGAAUCAUCCUGUUUGUUCUACCACCUCAUACAAGCCAUAUCCUUCAGCCGAUGGAUGUGGGUUGUUUUGGACCGUUUUCUAAAGUUUUCAGUGAUGAAUCUCGAAAAUGGCAACGUUCUCAUUCUGGAACUCUCACCCGCUACAAUGUCUGCUCUAUUGCAUGUCGAGCUUACGACAUCUCGCUGACUCCCAGGAAUCUUCAGAGUGCUUUCAGGAAGAGUGGGAUUUAUCCAUUUAACCCAACAGCAAUUGAUUCAUCUCUGUUGAAACCUGCCCAGUAUGCUAAAAAGAGAAGAGCUGAACAAUCUACAGAAACUGCGAGUAACAAUGCCGAUAUUUCUCAACCACAAGACAGAAACACUGUUAACAAUUUCUUUUCAAGUCACCUGCCAGUUGUACACCACGAUAAACCCAAUCAGUCUAAACCCAGGCGUUCAGUUCACAAGGUUGUUGGUGGAAAACCAAUUACAAAGCCAGAUGUAUCAUCCCAACUGUAUGAAUAUGUCUCUUCCUCUAAAAAACCCAAAGUUGUUUCUUCAAGAAAAACAAAAGCUGUAGUACCAAUCAAAAAAUCAAAUUCACCGCAGCCAGGGCCCUCAGGAGUUGAUAACGGGCUGAUAUCAAGUGACAACUUCUCGGAAUCGGAAACUGAAGAUGACGAAAAGUGUUGUGUUUGUGGGCUUUUUCAACCAGUUGAAUUAAAAAGAUGCACUUCACUGGUAUUUACUCUGUGGGGACAGUGCAUGUUCCAAAACUGUAAUCACUGGGUUCAUUUAAAGUACUGCUGUGAUGUACGAUGUCUACGACGACAUGACGUGUUUUUCUGCCCGUGUCAUGGCUUGCCAUGCAAGCAGAAAGAAUAAACAUACAUGUAUCUUCGAGAGCUGUGAAGAAACCAGACCUGUAAAUAUGUUACAUUUACGUUGGACGUUUGUGUGUUUGGAUACAUGUUAAAUAUAAGUUAUAUUAUAACAAUGACUAACAUAUUUUGUGCUUCGAUUCUUUACGGAAAUUCCCACUUUACGUUCGCGACAACAGAAACUGGUUGCCAUCACUGGCCUGCCAUAGAUUGACUGAAUGACGUAUACCCCGAAUUGAUAGGUACGUCAUUAUGCAGACGGGUUUUCCAGAGGCCUCGACGGUGAUCAUGUGUCGGCAAUUUCCAUCGGGGAUGAAUUGAUUUUAUGUAGCAAAGCAUAGUAGGGUAAGUGAAUUUUAACUUAGUGAAAAAAUAUUAGCUGUAUGUUUCCUUUGUUUA